ACGCCGCGAGGAGCAGGAUGGGCCAGUGCAACUGCCGCAAGAAGCGCAAGGACUGCCAGGAGCUCACGGACGUGGAACGGGCCAUCGAGACCGUCAUCAGCCAGUUCCACUGCUACGCAGUGAAGGGGCAGAAGGAGUACCUGACCCCCAACGAGAUGCAGGAGCUGGUGGUGCAGAAGCUGCCCCACCUGGGCAAGUGUGUGGGACCACUGGAAGAGAAGAUCGAGUGCAUGGGAGACCCCAACGAGGCCAAGCUGGAGUUUGGAGAGUACUGGGACAUGAUGGGGGACGCAGCCAAGGGCUGCAGGAGGAAGUAGGAGCUGGU